UUCCCCGGUCCUGACCGACCUUCACCGGCCCGGCGCGGGGAGGAGGAGGAGAUAAAACGGGCCGGCGGAGGCGGGCGCGGUUUGGUUGCUGAGCCCGGGCCCGGCGCGCGCCCCGUUGCUACCGCUGCUGCCGCUGCUGCUGCGCUCUGCCGGGAGGAGCCGUGCGCGCCCGGGCGAGGGGCGGCUGCAACGCUAGACAGGCGGCGGCGGCGCUUCCAUUCAUUGCAGCCACCAGCCGGCUGCGGGAGGAGCCGAGGAGGCCACGCUCCGGAGAAGAGCCCCGGCGGCGCCAGGAGCCCCAGAGCCGGGAGGCUGCGCGGCGGAGAGCAGUCUGGUCGACUUCGGCUCUCCAUGAAGAAGUACUUUUGCAGCCCAGGAAGAAGCUUGAGGUCCGGCCCCAGCGAUGCCCUGGAACGUCAAAUGGCUGAACGGCUACCACGGCCAUGACUCCGCCUCCCAGAAGCAAUGCAAGAAGUCCUCCUUUGCCUUUUACCAAGCUGUGAGGGACCAGCUGCCGGUGUGGCUGUUGGAGGACAUGAGGCUCAUGGAGGCCUUCCACUGGCAAGAGGGUGGCAAAGUCAGCACCUACUCGCCCUCUGAGGCCCUCCUCUACGCUCUGGUGCACAACCACCAGCCGUACGCCCAACAUCUCCUCUGUAAGUUUCCCAAGAGUGCCCUGGCCAUACCCAGCUUCCACUUCAGCUGCUGCCAUUCCUCGGCACCCCACUUGGCCAUGGCCGUCCGCUACAACCGCAUCCACAUCCUCCUGGAGAUCCUCAAGGCCAUUAGAGACUUCCCGGCCAGCGACCGGACCGGCUAUUUGGACCGCAGGGGGUGCAGCCGAGUGGAAGGCGGCAAGACAGCUCUUCACGUGGCCUGUGAACUGGCCAGGCCCGAGUGCCUGCUUCUGUUGCUAGGCCACGGGGCCUGCCCUUGCCUGACUGACUGUGCUGGCCACACGCCAUUGGAUCUCCUCUUGCAGCAGAUCUGGGAGAGCCCCGCUUCGGAUCUGUGUGCCAAGCUGCUGCUCCUGGAUUCCCUCUUCCUCUUUGUGCCUCAGGGCUUCCGCUUCUCAAUGAAGCAGCAGCUGUUGGAUAACCAGCAGCAGUGGCAGGACCUUUUGGGCCAGAACCGGUUCCAGUGGCUGGUGGGCCUCUCCCCUUCCUCUCUCUUUGUCAAAUCGAUGCAAGUCUUAAUUGGGACCAUUGCGCCGGAUCAGUUCCCAGACGCCCUGGAUGCCUUGCCUUUACCUCACUUUCUGAAGCCUUUGGACUUGAAGCUGAAAAGUUAAAAGGACGUCGUCGGAGCCUCCUCUCCUCACUGACGUCCUCACAGUUUUUGCUUGUGUGAUGAAAACAAAGGCUUCGGCCUCUUGUGUGGAAAACUUUAAUGUAAAAACUGUGCGGGAGAGGGGGAAGCACUUGUUAUCAUUAGAACCUUUUUAUAUAUAAAAAAGAUCCUGGCCUUGUGUUUUAUUGUUAGGGUCAUGGACAGUGGUGGGAUCCAAAAAUUUUAGUAACAGGUUCCCAUGGUGGUGGGAUUCAA